GAGAGACACAGCCAGAGGCCGGGCCGGAGCUGCAGAGCUUCCCCACUCCCUUCACAGCUUGGCUGCCUCCCUUCCACAAUGCUGAGUCUGUGGCUGGCCACCCUUGUCCUCUCCCAGGCAGCCUGGGGCCCCACUGUGGAUGGGGCACCCCCCCAGGUCACCCCCAGCCCUGUGCAGAAGAAGACCGGCACCACAGCCGGCCAGAGGACCGUUCCAUCCACUCCAGUAUCUCCCACCCCAUUCACCUCCAGGAGGAGACAGGUGAGAGUGACGGCCAGCCCAGAGCCAACCGGACCUGUGAGUGUCAAGACCACCUCCCCCUACCCGAGAGAGGAUCUGGAAAAGACACCAGCCAAGAAGGAGGAGCUCCCUGGACCUGAGAAGAAAGCCACGAAAAAGGCUGUCCGUAUCAAGGUCAUCAAGAAGAAAGUUGUAUUGAAGAAGAAAGCCAAACCUUCUGUCCAGGAGCCGGUGGCAAAAGAAGAGCCGCAGUGCCCCCCACUGGGACUCGAGUCUCUAAGAGUGAGAGAUUCACAGCUCCGAGCGUCCACCACUAAACGCCACGGCCUGGGGGCCCACCGGGGACGCCUCAACAUUCAGUCUGGCAUCAAUGAUGGCGAUCUCUACGACGGUGGUUGGUGUGCGGGCCAUGAAGACAAGAGCCAGUGGCUGGAGAUUGAUGCCAGGCGGAUGACCCGCUUCACUGGGGUCAUCACGCAAGGGCUGAACUCCAUCUGGACUUAUGACUGGGUGGCUUCCUAUAAGAUCCAGUUCAGCAACGACACUCACACUUGGCAGUCGUGCAAGAACGGGAGUGCGGAGAUGAUAUUCCCCGGAAACAAGGACCCCGAGACGCCAGUCCUCAACCGGUUCCCUGUCCCAGUGGUGGCUCGGUACAUCCGCAUCAAUCCUCAGACGUGGUUUGAGAAUGGCACCAUCUGCUUGAGGGCAGAGGUCCUUGGUUGCCCCGUGCCAGACCCCAACAACAUCUACUACUGGGAUGACAGGCCAGUGACCAGUGACAAAUUGGAUUUCAGACACCACGAUUACAAGGAAAUGAGAAAGCUCAUGAAGAAAGUGAACGAGGCCUGUCCCAACAUCACAAGGAUAUACAGCAUUGGGAAGAGCUACCGGGGUUUGAAAAUGUACGUCAUGGAGAUAUCUGACAACCCCGGGCAACACGAAGUAGGGGAGCCCGAGUUCCGCUACGUGGCCGGGAUGCACGGGAACGAAGCUCUCGGACGGGAACUGCUGAUCAACCUGAUGGAGUACCUUUGCCAUGAGUUUCAACAGGGCAACCCACGCGUCGUGCGCCUCGUGACCAAGACUCGCAUCCACCUCCUGUUCUCCAUGAACCCUGAUGGCUACGAGACGGCCUACAAACUGGGCUCAGAACUGUCCGGCUGGGCGAUGGGCCGGUGGACCUACGAAGGCUUUGAUCUCAACCACAACUUUGCUGACCUCAACACGGGCCUGUGGGAUGCGGAGGACAAUGACCUGGUGCCCCACAAGUUCCCCAACCACUACCUCCCCAUUCCAGAGUAUUACACCUUCCCCAAUGCUACGGUUGCCCCAGAAACCUGGGCCGUCAUCAACUGGAUGCAACGCUACCCUUUCGUGCUGAGCGCCAACAUGCACGGGGGCGAGUUGGUCGUGACAUACCCCUUCGACAUGACCCGCACGUACUGGAAAGCGCAAGAGCUCACGCCCACCGCUGAUGACCUCAUGUUCCGCUGGCUGGCCACCGUCUACGCCACGACCAACCUGGCCAUGUUGGACGACGACCGGAGACUCUGCCAUUACGACGACUUCAUGCGAGAAGGCAACAUCAUAAACGGGGCCAAUUGGCACACCGUGGCUGGAAGCAUGAACGACUUCAGCUACCUUCACACGAACUGCUUCGAAAUCACGAUCGAAUUGUCCUGCGACAAAUUCCCACACGAGUCAGAGCUGCCCCAAGAAUGGGAGAACAACAAGGAAUCGUUGCUGGUCUUCAUGGAACAGGUCCACAGGGGAAUUAAAGGUAUCGUGCGAGACAAAGACACGGAGCAAGGAAUUGCAGAUGCCAUCAUUUCUGUGGACCACAUCAAUCAUGACAUCAGGACAGCGUACGAUGGGGACUACUGGCGCUUGCUCAAUCCCGGAGAGUACGCCGUCACGGCAUCGGCUGAGGGAUACCAUUCUGUCACCCGGACCUGCCACGUCUCUUAUGAGGACAAUCCCACCAUCUGCGACUUCCGCCUGACAAAGACCCCCAAGCAACGGCUGAGGGAGAUCCUGGCCAAAGGGGGCAAGGUCCCCAAAGACCUUGCUCUGCGCCUCCGUGAGCUGCGGCUGCGUAAACUACGAUCCCAGCGGAGAGCCCAGUGAACAAGGCUAACGUUUGCAGAUUUCGAAGACUCUGGCAGCCCCUUGCCCUCCACUCCCCAUUUCAAGCAGCAUCCUCCUUUCGUGCAAGACUUUAAGAUUCUAGGUCAGGGUCCCCAACCACUGGGAUUCUGACACAGCGGGGUGGGCUCACCCACAAAAUGGCUGCCGCAAUGAAGAGCCAUGUGUUGUCAUGGCAACUGCGGCCCAAGCUUCAUUUUACAACACCUGCACGGUCAAAUUCCCAGCGGCCAAGCAGAACCCUUGCUAGGCAGAAGCCUCGUGUAGACCUGCCCCCUUUCUCAAAAUACUUGGGGGUGCCACAGGCACUACGUUGGGGGACCCUUGUUCUUGGGAGGGGGUUUUCAGCCCUCAACACGCAUGCUAUUUCUAGGACGUGAAUAUAUGUAUGUAGUUUCUGGGUGGGGAAAAAUAUAUGUAUAUUGGGUCCCAAUAAACCCAGAACACAAUCAAGGGGUGAAGAUCCCUCUGAAAGAUCCAACACCACCAUGUUCUGCCUUCCCAUGAUCCCAAAAUUGCUGGUCACGGCUUCCAGCAAGCCUAUAAGUCCCACUUCCGAAGACAUGCGUAUGUGGCAUUCAUUCAGAAAAGUGGGUUUCCCGUGGCCCCUUCUGCAGCCUUCGUGGUUUGCUCUUCGCUUUGCGGGAUUCCUGGGCUGGGACAUUUGGCAGACGUUCCCAUGAAUCCCAAGAAGAAGUUGAGGCUGGAGCUGAAGGCUUCGUAACAUGUCUUCUGUUAGUCUUGGAAGUGAGAAGAAGAAGAAGAAGAGUUUGGAUUUAUAUCCCCCCUUUCUCUCCUGUAGGAGACUCAAAGGGGCUGACAAUCUCCUUGCCCUUCCCCCCUCACAACAAACACCCUGUGA